CCGGCCAGUGCCUCUGCUUCCGGCUCGAAUUGCUCUCUCUCACGUCUGCCUUCAACAUGUCCGAGACUGCGCCCGCCGCGCCCGCCGCUCCGGCCCCUGCGGAGAAGGCACCCGUGAAGAAAAAGGCCCGCAAGUCCGCAGGUGCGGCCAAGCGCAAAGCGUCUGGGCCCCCGGUGUCCGAGCUCAUUACCAAGGCUGUCGCCGCCUCCAAGGAGCGCAGCGGCGUGUCUUUGGCCGCUCUCAAGAAGGCGCUGGCAGCCGCCGGCUAUGACGUGGAGAAGAACAACAGCCGCAUCAAGCUUGGUCUCAAGAGCUUGGUGAGCAAGGGCACGCUGGUGCAGACCAAGGGCACCGGCGCCUCGGGAUCCUUCAAACUCAACAAGAAAGCAGCCUCCGGAGAAGCCAAGCCUAAAGCUAAAAAAGCAGGUACGGCCAAGGCCAAGAAGCCCACAGGAGCGGCAAAGAAGCCUAAGAAAGCGGCGGGGGCGGCCACCCCUAAGAAGAGCGCCAAGAAGACCCCAAAGAAGGCGAAGAAGCCGGCCGCAGCUGCAGGAGCCAAAAAAGCGAAAAGCCCGAAAAAGGCGAAAGCAGCCAAGCCCAAGAAGGCGCCCAAGAGCCCAGCGAAGGCCAAAGCAGUGAAACCCAAGGCGGCUAAACCAAAGACCGCCAAGCCCAAGGCAGCCAAGCCAAAGAAGGCGGCAGCCAAGAAAAAAUAGGAAGUUUUGGCCAACUGCUUAGCUCAACACAACCCAAAGGCUCUUUUCAGA